GGCAAAUCUCAACGUGGUGCCGUUGGAGGGUCACAGGAUCCGGCAGUCUCUCCCGCAAGACGUUUUACCCGGGCAUCCGCACGUAACAGCCCCCUAGAGGCAACUCAUCCCGCAAGCAGGAAUCCAUCGCCCAUCCGCAAUCCCACAAAGAAAGUGACAAAACGGAAGGGAUCUCGGGUCUCGCCACUGCUCCAGCGACUCCGGUCCAUCACAUCAGAGUGGGAGAAAGAGCGCGAUGCUCGUGGUCAAAGCAUGAAGCCAACAUCUUCCACUCGAAGGGCAGUGCUUCAGGAUUCAGAGGGCCCUUUGGAGGAACAUGAUGAUAGGGAUGUUCCAUCACUUUUGAUCCGACGGCACUGACACAGGAUGACGAUGAUACAAUCCCCCCCACACAAGCAGAUGACGAGACACUUCCGCCGACGCAGGACAUGGAGACUGCAGAGAGUGAUAUGCCACUCUUGGAUGAAGGGCCAGGCUCCGACCCCACUCUGAUGACAGGAACAGAGGCGGGCAAUAUGGCACCAUUGGACGAGAUGACAUCGCACGACGCUGGUUCGUCAAAGAAAAAGCAGGGGAGAGGGGCGGCACGAAUGCCGCGUGGAUGGGGAAAAGAUCACAGGAUGCUUGUAUUCACAUCGCCGGAUGGUAAAAGCAUCGUCGGACCCGACGUAAACGAGUACAAGACAGCCAUUGGGGUCAUUGCACGCAACGGAGCUCGACUUCCUCUACAUUACCCCACGUUCGCUGAGAUACCGGAGACGAAGAGACAGGGUGCAUGGAUGGAGGUUCAGAGUAACAGCGGAUUACCAGACUCAGCGGAGAAAGUGGUCUUGGCUGACCUAAGGGAAGUUUGGAGGCACUGGAAAUACAGCAUCAAAUCAACUUACUUCAAUCCGAUCGAGGACGAUGAAGAAGCACUGAAGAAGGUUCCCUCAAGCAGGAUUGUGCCCGAUCAGUGGCCGAAGUUGGUUGAGUAUUGGCGCGACGAGAAGGUGAAGCUUCAAUCCAAGAAAAAUGCGUCGAACGUAGCGAAAAGAAGCUUUCCACAUCGUACUGGGCGGAAGUCAUUCACGACUCUGGCAGAGGAGAUACCUUUUAUUACAAUUAAGUAAUUAGUCAUGUCAUGCGCCAUCCCCAUAUUUUCCUCUCAUGUAUUUCAUUAUGUUUUCGAUGACAGAAGGCCUUGUAUUGCUGCAGAUCAAGGCAAAGGGGAAGGACCCCGACAAUCUGGAGAUUUGGAUUUCCAGUCGCACACAAGGCAAGGGAAA